GAGAAGAUGGCCUCGAGACGAAGCCAGGCGCUGUCGAAGAUGAGGAGGAGCCAGACGUGGGGCUUCGGCGAAGCCCCGAACAUGAACGUGAUCGACGUCGACGACGAGGAGGAGAAGCAGAACCCGGCGCCGGCGCCGCCUGCGGCCUCCUCCUCGCCCCCGCUGGUGCCCAGCGGCGCGGUGGCCAGCGCGGCCAGUGACGGGCGCCCUCUCCCCCACACGCCCACUGCUGCGGAGUGGAAGGCCGAGCUUGCCGGGGACCUUUCCCGGCGCCUCGACAGGAUCGACGGCAAGCUGGACUGGCUCAUCGCGCGCGCCAAGCCCACCGGCGCGCCCCUGUACGAGCUCCCGGGGGCGGCCGCCGCGCUGGCGCGCGGCGGCCUGGCGGGCGGCUCCGGCUCCGGCUCCGGCAGGGCGAGCUACCGCACCCAGGUGACCACGGAGACCAUCGGAAGCGGAGGCGGAGGGAGCUGCGCGCCCGGCUGCCAGCGGCCGAGCGACGCGAGGGAGCGGCCCUCGGCGGAGCCGUCGGCGGGCGCGGGCCUGGCUGCGCCUCGGCUGCCCUCCCAGAUCAGCCACAUGACCCAGGAGACCUGCUCCGAGAGCUCUGUCGCCCUCAGCGCCGCGACGGUGACGCGCAUCCCGAAUCUGAGCAGGAGGCCUGGGGAUCGGAGGAGGUCGGCCCGGCAGUCGGCAUGGACAGCCUCGGCUCGGACAAAGACCGGGUCGAAGCUGAACCUCCUCCCCGACGUGUUCAGGAACAAUUUCUUCGCGAGGAAGCUGUACGAGAAGUCCGACAGCAAGGACCUGGACAACCUGCAGAGACGUGUCAAUGCGCUGCCGAAGGCGAUGAGGAGCCAGCGGAACAAAACGGUCGACUACGUGUUCUCGCUCUUGGACGACCCUUCGUCCAGCAGUGCAGCCUGGUGGACCGCCGCGUGCCUGCAGGCGCUCGUGCUCUGCAGCGUGCUGGGCACCCUCCUGCAGGCGGUGGAGGACCCGCCCCUGCGCGGCUGGUCGGGCGCUGUUGUCGAGACGGCGUUCGACGUCGUGUUUCUGACGGAGGUGUGCGUUCGCUGGUGUUGUGCGCCUGACCGGGUGAAUUUUCUCUUCAUCGUGCAGUCUUGGAUCGACAUCGUGGCCGCGAGUGCGUUCGCCGUGCGGGCAGCGGUGGGCUUCGUGCUCCCAGAGAGGCAGGACGACCCAACAUCGAUUUUGCUGUUGUGCUUUGUGCCGAUCGUCCGGUUAUUGAAGAUCGUUCGGCAUUUUGAGACCUUCAAUGUGCUUAUCCGAGCGGUCCAGAUCACAAUGGAGGCCCUUCCGAUGCUCCUUUACGCUGUGGCCUUGAUCACGAUGACUUUCGCCGCCCUCAUCUACGUUGUGGAGCCAGAGCUCUUCGAGUCGCCAUUCAGGGCAGUAUGGUUCUGCCUUGUGACUGUCACCACGGUUGGCUAUGGAGACUAUUCCCCCGUAACUCCUGUGGGCAUCACAAUCGUUAUGUGUUUGAUAAUAGUGGGUGUUAUAUUGUUGGCCGUGCCCAUGGGAAUUAUCGGAAUGACAUUCAACGACGUGUGGAACGCGAGGGACUAUUCCUUGUUGCUUACGAAAACGCGAAUGAAGCUGCAUCAGUGGGGUUACACAGCCCAUGACAUCCCGACGUUGUUCAAGAUCGUUGACUCCGACGGAAAUGGGGUUCUUGAGCUCGACGAGUUCUGCGAGCUGGUGAAGGAAAUGAAGAUUGGGCUCUCCGACAACCGGAUCAUCGCCCUCUUUGAGCACAUGGACAAGGACGGCAGCGGCGCGCUGGAUGCAGCAGAGUUUGCCUUGGAGGUGUUUCCAGAAACGUUCGUCGACGCUUACGGUCACGAAGACAAUUCCAUUGUGAAUAAGCCCAAAGCGAGUACCAGUUGGAUGGCGAGCCUUGCAGCCACGAUCAACCGCGGUACAAAUUUUCAGCGCCCCACGAACGACUGA